AUGUCUCAAUCCACGAACUCGCAGGCGUUUGUUUUGGGCGCAAACGUUAACUUAAACGCAGCACCGACUGCGAACACCUUUUUCGGCGCCCAGGGCGGCUCAGCAUUUACUCCUUCCAAUCAGUCAGCAAACUCGAUCCCUACUCCGACUAUUUCCCCGUCGCAAACGCAGUUCGAUCCCGCCGAUGCGUCCCAAUUCUACGAAGGCGACAACGACGACGACGCCAAAGGACGACACGACAGUUUGUACCCUAAGGAUGAAGAGACAUCCCCAACAACAACAACAGAAACACCGUCCAAGAAGAGGCGUCGAUCCGAGUACGCCGAGCCAGGCUCAGCGCGAGCUAUAUAUCUCGAAAAGAACCGCAAAGCCGCCAGCAAAUGUCGAAGCAAGCAGAAAAUGGAGCAGGAAGCGCUAGUUGAGAGAGCGCGAGACUCAGAGCGCAGUAACCGCAUACUGAAGGCGGAAGUACACAUGCUACAGACUGAAUUACGAGAGCUGAAGGAGUACGCCGGUCGACAUGCCAACUGUCGGGACCCACGGAUAGCAAUUUAUCUGCAGAGGUUGGCUGACCGUUUGGCUUCGCAAAUGGGCCAUCCACAACCACAGUUGUGA